UUCCUGUUGGACAAUGAAACAUUAUUCUAAGAUGCCAGAUACCGUUGCAGACCCAGUAUAUAAAACAAACCUUUUCUCUGAAAUUUUUCAUUCUCGAUUCGACCACUCAAAUCUCCAUUACAGCUAUCUUCUAUCAUUCAAGAUGAUUGCUUUUAAAGUUUUACUGGCUGUUGCUUGCAUCGCCGGAGUCAUGGCUGCUCCCGUCGAGCAACAAGAGGUUGAUACUGAAAUUACUACGGAUCUUAACACUGCUGAGGGCCAUCAUGGCGCAUACGGUGGUUACGGCGUGCAUGGUUACGGAGGGCAUGGUUACGGACAGGGAGCUGGUUACGGAGGUUACGGACAUGGACAUGGUGGAUAUGGCCACGGGUACGGUCAUGGAUAUAACAGAGCUUAUGGGCACAACCAUGGCCAUUCAGCCUACACAAGUGUCAACAAACUAAUCACGCACGGAUCUAGCAGCCACGGCAAUGCUCAUGGAUACGGACAUGGUCACGGAUAUGGACAUGGCCAUAACGUUCAUGCAUAUUAAACUUUAAUAGAAAGACCAGGAAAGACAACAAGUAAUGUUUUCGAAAAGCUUUGCCUGUAACGACCAUCCUUCUUGUUGAUUGGUUUUCACCAUGUAUUAAGAGCAUAAUAUACCUAAUUAGCGAUGCAUUA